UUCACUAACGGAUCAGUGACAUAAACUAAGCCAAAGAUGCAUGGUGCUUUCUCGCGCUUGUCGCAAAUACAUCGGAUUAAUGAAGAGUAACCUGAGUUACUGAUGAUGUUCAUUGCAGCGAUUGUUGUCAUUGCUCUUUCAAGUGCAGUAAUAUGCAGCCACGAUUUCGGCGAUGGCGCAAUCUUUGCGAGAAACGCAAAUACAAAUUCCGUUCGUCCCCAAUCAGAUUCUAGUACAUCCUGGCCGAUCUUUAAUAUGCAACAAUCGCUCCAAAGAUCUCAAACCUUCCAGGCGGGAAUAAACUCUCGACAGAAUGACAUAACGAAUUAUCGCGUCCAGCGACCGUCACUGUUUCUUACUCCGCCGAAGAUAAGUUACCUAGCUUGCGAGCAAUUUUUCUCUAAAACAUAUUCUAUCCCAAGAUCAAGUAGCCAACAAUACUCCAUGUGUGUGCCGCAAAGUUUUGUAGCUUUUACAUCAUAUAAUCCUAAGUUAAAUCAGCACUCAACGACUUUUUCGCCUCUAAAUAUCCCGAAAUCAUCGUUCACUCAUUUACCGCCACAAUCUCCACUUUUUUCAUCGACUAGUGCAAGACCGCUUCGUUCCGUGUCCAGGACUAGCAAGCAAUUGGGUGGACAUACAGGUGGAAUCGACGGCAUUGGUGGAUAUUCCCCACGUAUCUUAUCUACAAACUACUUUAACUCAACUAAAACUACUCUUCCUGACGAUUUUAUCAAAAGUGAUGGUUUUGGUACUGGUCUGAAUACGCUGGAUAUAACAAUGUCUGCAGAGAGGAGCUUCCCUCCCUUUAUUACAACAACUGAAACUGGAACAGGUGCUGUUACUGAUGAAGUUGAAACAGCGGAAGGCCCUCGAACUACUGAAACUGGAACUGGAGAAACUACUCAAACUGAGGAUGAUCUCAGUCAUCCUCCGCAUAUCCAUAGUCUUGAUGUCGAAUGUAGUAAGACAAUGAUGACGAUCCAUAUUGAAUUCAAUCGCGCUUUCAACGGCGUUAUUUAUUCUAAAGGAUAUUAUGCAAAUCCGGAAUGUAUAUACGUAAAAGAGAAUUCCGGCUCAACACGGUACUCUUUUACUGUAAAUUUAGACUCUUGCGGAACUCAAUUCAUUAACGAUUUCAAGGGUGCGAAUGGACAAGCAUAUUUGGAAACCGUUCUUGUAUUACAAAAUGAACCAGGUAUACAAGAAGUAUGGGAUACAAUUCGAAGAAUACGAUGUCUUUGGGAAGGAAAUAUUAAUAAGGCUUUAACGGUGAAUCUCUCAAUAGAUAUGUUGAAUCAAGAGAUCGUUACUUUUAGUGGCGAUACUGCGACAGUCAAAUUGGAUAUUCAAAUCGGUAAAGGACCCUUUGCACCUACAGUCGAUGGACUCGUAAAGAUCGGAGAAACCAUGACCUUAGUAGUUUCCGUGAAGGGCGAUCCUGGUUUCGAUCUUCAGGUGCGUGACUGUGUGGCGCGAGACAAAGCCUCAACCAAUAUAUUGCAGCUCACCGACGAAAGAGGCUGCAUUCUGAAACCGAAAUUGUUUGGUACCUUCCAAAAAACAAAUGAUACCGGCAAUACAGGCACUUCCAUUAUCGCUUAUGCAUUCUUCCAAGCUUUCAAAUUCCCUGACGUUAUGGAUCUGUUCAUUGAAUGUAAUGUCGAAUUAUGUAAAACUAAUUGCGAUCCUUGUCCGGAUGCAAAUCAAGUACAAAAAUUAAUUUAAAUAAAAUGUGUUAUGUAUAAUAUUCAUUAAAUUUAUCUGUCUCAUCUAUUGAAACUAA